AGGAAAAGGCGCAUGCGUGAAGAAGGGAACGAUGGUGGGCAGGUAGGCAACGCACCAAGCUUGAUGAUAUCUAUCGACUAGCGAUCGAUUUCCAACAGUUCACUAGAACUAAUAGAUCGUAUAUCACUUAUUUGCAGCUACUAGCAUUGUAGCUAGCUUCCGUAGAACGAAGCCCUGGAACAUACAAAAAUGCCGAACAUUAAGAUAUUCAGCGGUAGCUCGCAUCGGGAACUGUCUCACAAAAUUGCUGACCGUCUUGGGAUGGAACUCGGCAAGGUUGUCACCAAGAAAUUCAGCAAUCAAGAAACAUGUGUUGAGAUCGGGGAGAGUGUCCGUGGAGAGGAUGUCUACAUCGUACAGAGCGGCUGUGGGGAAAUCAAUGAUAAUCUGAUGGAGCUGCUGAUUAUGAUCAAUGCGUGUAAGAUCGCCUCGGCCUCCCGGGUCACAGCCGUCAUCCCCUGCUUCCCCUACGCACGGCAGGACAAGAAGGACAAGGUGGGGAGUCGAGCGCCCAUCUCAGCCAAGCUGGUGGCUAACAUGCUGUCUGUGUCUGGGGCUGAUCACAUCAUCACUAUGGACCUCCACGCCUCACAGAUCCAGGGUUUCUUCGACAUCCCAGUGGAUAACCUGUAUGCUGAGCCUGCUGUACUGAAGUGGAUCAAGGAGAACAUCGCAGAGUGGAAGACCUGCACUAUCGUCUCUCCAGACGCAGGGGGAGCCAAGAGAGUGACUUCCAUAGCGGACAGGCUCAAUGUGGACUUUGCUCUGAUCCACAAAGAGAGAAAGAAGGCCAAUGAGGUGGAUCGCAUGGUGCUGGUCGGGGACGUCACGGACCGGGUGGCCAUCUUGGUGGAUGACAUGGCAGACACCUGUGGUACUAUCUGUCACGCGGCCGACAAGCUGAUCUCAGCUGGUGCUACCAAGGUGUAUGCCAUCCUGACCCACGGUAUCUUCUCUGGCCCGGCCAUCUCCCGCAUCAACAACGCCUGCUUCGAGGCCGUGGUCGUCACCAACACUAUCCCUCAGGAGGAGAAGAUGAAGACCUGUCCUAAGAUACAGGUGAUUGACAUCUCUAUGAUCUUGGCAGAGGCCAUCCGCAGGACCCACAAUGGAGAAUCUGUCUCCUACCUCUUCAGCCACGUUCCCUUGUAACAUCACACACACACUGAGUCAUCUGGGGCACUGUUCAGUAGGGGACAACAGAACAUUCAGAACAGACACGGCCAUAUCUCAUGCAGAAUAGGGACUUUGGGGAACAGAUAUGAUUGUCUUUCAGGUAGACUAAGGAAAGCAGAGUAGGCUCUUCAGUUCUAUGCCCAGUAUUCUGGAAUGUUUCUCAUCACUGGAUAGAAUCCAGCCCUAGUGUUCUGUUACACCAGAAAGAGGAAGAGAGGGAAUGUCCUAUACAAACACCAGUGUUGGGCUCGAUUCCAUUUCAAUUCCAGUCAAUUCAAGAAGUACACUGACUAGAGGUCGGCCGAUUAUGAUUUUUCAAUGCCGAUACCGAUUAUUGGAGGACAAAAAAGGCCGAUAAUCGGCCAAUUUUAUUAGGGGGAAAAAGUUUUAUGUAUCUAUAUAUCAUACACACACAUUUUUGUAAUAAUGACAAUUGCAACAAUACUGAAUGAACACUUUUAUUUGAACUUGAUACAUAAAUACACACACACACAGCUCUGAAGUGACAAUGAUACUGAAGAGUCUGCUUAGGAGACAAAUACUCUCAACUGUUUGAGUAAAAAUAGAGUUUAAGUUACCUGUGAUGAAUGUUGAAAACAAAAACUGUCAUUUCUAUAUGGAGGAAAUCCUAUUUUAAUAAUGGACAUGGUAAGAAUUGACAACCAAAGUGUGAGUCAUAAUUCCCAUGACACCUUCUAGCAACAUCUGAAAAGCGGUUCCUUCAUUUAAUCCAUAGGAUAUUUUUAGGUUUCGUGUAGGCUUACAACACCUUGCCAAUGUUAUAACUGUGUAGAUCUCCAUAGGACAAGGUAACUGAUCAAUAUUGGCUAAAUAUAAGCCAAGAUUUGUAAAAAAAAUUGUAGAGUGGAUUUCUGAAAAUAUGUUGACAAACGUUACCUUAUCCUAGUGAGAUUUACAGGGGUGUCAAAACGCAGAGGCGGUUUAAGUCUGCACGAAACACAGACCUUAUUUGAAGUAGAUCAAGACAUUCUCUAUGGAAGACAUGAACGGUAAAAUAACGAAGGAACCCCUUUCAAGUUCAGCCGCAAGUUAUUACAGGAAUUAUAACGCGUCGACUAUCUCUCUCUAAACCAUAUACCUUUGACUAAUCCGGAAAUUUUAUCUAACGCGUGGCAUCCAUGAGUCUAAAUAUUCCUGUUACAUUGCACAACCUUCAAUGUUGUCAUAAUUACGUAAAAUUCUGGCAAUUUAGUUCGCAAAGAGCCAUGCGGACCAAACUGUUGCAUAAACCCUGACUGCGUGCAAUGAACGCAAGAGAAAUGACACAAUUUCACCUGGUUAAUAUUGCCUGUUAACCUGGAUUUCUUUUAGCUAAAUAUGCAGGUUUAAAAAUAUAUACUUGUGUAUUGAUUUUAAGAAAGGCAUUGAUGUUUAUGGUUAAGUACACAUUGGAGCAAUGACAAUCAUUGAUUGAUUGAUUGUUUUUUAUAAGAUAAGUUUAAUGCUAGCUAGCAACUUACCUUAGCUUACUGCAUUCGCUAACAGGCAGGCUCUUCGUGGAGUACAAUGUAAUCAGGUGUUAGAGCAUUGGACUAGUUAACUGUAAGGUUGCAAGAUUGGAUCGCCCGAGCUGACAAGGUUACAAAUCUGUCGUUCUGCCUCCUAGGCCGUCAUUGAAAAUAAGAAUGUGUUCUUAACAGACUUGCCUAGUUAAAUAAUAAUAAUAAUCAGCAAAUCGGCGCCCAAAAAUAUCGAUUUCCGAUUGCUAUGAAAACUUGAAAUCGGCCCUGAUUUAUCGACCAUUCCGAUGAAUCGGUAGACCUCUAAUACUGACAUUCCAAUUAUUUUCAAUCAGGAAAAUGUGGAAUUGCAUUUGGAAUUAGGUUUACUUUCUGAAUUGAGGUUUAAAUUGAAUUGACCCCAACCGGGAGAAACACCCCCAUUUAUAUUAGCAUCGCUCUGCUGCUAUUGCUAACUAACCACAUAAUAAUUAGGAUGAAUGAUUAUUAAUAAUGAUGACAUGUCCCUCUCUCACCCGUAAACAGUGUUUGCAUCCCAAAUGGAGUCUUUUUCCUACAUAGUGAACUUCUUUUGACUUGUGCCCUAUGGGCCCUGGUCAAAAGUAGUGCACUGCAUGGGGAUUAGGGUGCCAUAUGGGACAUGUAUAUCAGGGACAAAAGAGGUCAGUGUUGAUUAUUUAUUGUGAGUGGGUGAACUCACCUAAUGCCAACAGUUGUUCAUAAUAAUGCUGUUACAAUACUUCUGUUACAAAAAGAGGGCGAGAGACGGUUGGAUGCUGACUGACUUCAGGUAUUUUAUUAUUUUCUUUUUCUUUUUGAUCCGGUUGAAAGAUGAGACUCAUAAUGUGUUAUGAGUUAUAGUUGACAGUGCCACUGAUGUUCAUCUGGGUGAUUCAUAAGUCUUUUUUAAAGGGGCAAUCUAGGAUUGGUACUUCUAAUUUUUGGACAUAAUGGGAAAUAGCCCACUGAUUCUUGAAGAUUUUAACUUAUAAACGCCUCCUCCAUGAUCUUCAUGAUCUGCAUCCCUAGCUCUGUCUGGGAAUUUGAGAAUGGGUACAUAACUCCAACCUCAUCCCUCACCUGUUGACCUAAACAAGUAUUGGGGGGGGGGGGGGGGGUUCUAAUUGCGGAUUGCCCCUCUUAAGACUAUUGGGAAUCGUUCUUUCAGUGGGUGCAGAGGAGGCAGGUUUUGCUCUUCGAGGUUGCCGUCUAGAAGCUGUUGGUUUUUAGCUCUGCAGGAUGGAGCUUCCUAGAAAAGUCUCUGCUAUUUUUAUUUACUUAAUUUCUUUCAAUUACAUUUGUAUAAUAAACUCUGGAAAGAGUGGUAUCUGUCUGACUUUAAAGUUUCAUGUACAGUUGAAGUUGUAAGUUUACAUACACUUAGGUUGGAGUCAUUAAAACUGGUUUACAUACACUUA